CAGCGGGGGCAGUUCCCAGCGGCAGCGGCAGGGGCGGCGCGCACGUGGAGUUCCAGAAGGACAGGGAACUGCUGAGAGAGUCCAGCGCAGGGCAACAAAGAUGCUGAAGGGAGUGGAGCAUCUCCCGUGUGAGGAAAGGCUGAGGGAGCUGGGGCUCUGGAGCUUGGAUGAGACUGAGGGGUGACCUUGUUAAUGUUUAUAAAUAUAUGAAGGGAGGCAGUAGAGAAUGUCUUUCCGUGGACGAGGAGGUGGAGGAGGAAGAGGAGGCGGCUUCAGUCGUGGAGGAGGUGGCGGUGACAGAGGUGGCUUUAAUCGAGGUGGACGAGGAGGUGGCUUUGGACGGGGAGGUGGACGAGGAGGUUUCAACAGAGGCGGAUAUGACCAGGGGCCUCCAGAAAGAGUAGUUUUAUUGGGAGAGUUCAUGCAUCCAUGUGAAGAUGACAUUGUUUGUAAAUGUAAAACAGAAGAAAACAAGGUGCCUUAUUUCAAUGCCCCAGUGUAUUUGGAUAAUAAGGAACAAAUUGGCAAGGUGGAUGAAAUCUUCGGACAGCUGAGAGACUUUUAUUUUUCAGUGAAACUUUCUGAGAACAUGAAAGCCUCUUCGUUUAAAAAACUGCAAAAGUUUUAUAUUGAUCCAGCAAAGCUGCUGCCCCUUCAGAGAUUUUUGCCAAGGCCUCCUGGAGAAAAAGGUGCUCCCAGAGGAGGUGGUAGAGGAGGACGUGGUGGUGGACGUGGAGGAGGAAGAGGCGGCGGUAGAGGAGGAUUUGGAGGAGGAAGAGGUGGAGGAAGAGGAGGAGGAUUCAGAGGUGGAAGAGGUGGUGGAGGAGGAGGAGGAGGGUUCAGAGGAGGAAGAGGCGGUGGAGGAGGCUUUCGGGGGAAAGGAUAUUAAAAAUGGAACAAGUAUCUCCCCUCUGUCUUACUGCAUCAUCUGCAGAAGUGAAGAACAAGGAAGUUUUUUGUAAAGGACCUUUAAAAAGUUCUUUUUAUAAAGAAGUUGAAGCUGUAAAAUGAGAGUUACUAUUACACUUAAUGACCAUUGUUCAACACAUGAGGAGAGUGUGGCCCCAAACAAGAACUGAAGACUGCUCAGAAUAUACUUGAACUUUUUUAACCAAGCCAGGAUUCAAUGUUAUUCUUAAACUGUUUGUUUCUGAGAAGCAACAUAGUCAAUGCUUGACUUCAUGUUGGAGUUUGGAGUAAACAAUCAGUUGAAAUGUGUUUUUAAAAAACCCGACGGGUUCACUACAUGCACAUUUGUCAGUAUGAACCUGUUACCUAUGUGUGACUGAUCCCUGCUUAUCUUCUUUUUAUAUUGAAUCUUCUGGUUUUCUCUAAAGUGGACGUGUCAUUUAAACAACCUUUGUGAAUGUGUUUUUCCAAACUAAACUUCAAAAUUUCGUGUUGGUAGGAUUUUUUUAUACGUAACAAGGUAUAAAGGCAAAGGUAGAUAGCAAAGGAUAUUCUGUGGGUUUUUCUGUAUAAAUCUCAAUGAAAGCCAAAGGCAUUAAGACAAGUUCUUCUUAGAAGCUGCUGUCUGAUGAAUAAGACAAGGCUAAUACUAUUCUUAAGUCACCUAUUUGCUUGCAUAGGGCUAAGCUUAGAUAGCCCAUCAUAGGGCUUCUCUGCACACACUGCUUCCAGUUAAGUAUUGCUUAAAAAAGACAUGAAAAAGUUUGCAUGAGUCUUGUGGUCUCUUUAAUUGGAUUCAUUAUGAGGAUUGCUGAAAAGCUAGUAAACGUCUCUUCUGAAAGAUGGAAGAGAACAAAUUGCUUCUCUACUCUUUAACUUUGGAAAUGGAAUAAGAAUAGAAAAGUAGAAUCUCCCUAGAUUUCAUCCGGAGCCAGGAGUCCACUCACAGACUCUCAUACCAAGUGCUUUUGAAAAGGGGUUUGUAGAAUAAUCUACAUGAACGUAUCUUUUUCAGUGUGGAAAGAAGUACAUUUAGGUAUUGAUCAUACUGUUUCACUUUUUAAUUGAUGAAUGCAGUAACAGGCAGAUAUAUUAGCCUUCUGCUUAACAAAAACAGGUAAUUUGUCAGUGCCAGGAUUCAGCAGUUACUGGUUAUUUUAACAAAAAUUGAAACAAGGUGAGAAAACAUGUUCAAGAAUUCAGUUAAGUCUGACCAAAUGCUCUGUAGGAUAAUAGAUUAAAAAUGUUUGUCAGCUUAAAAAAACCCAAACAACCAACAACAAAAACCCAAACAAACAAAAACCUACAACAAAACAAAACCAAAAAACAACCACAACAAAACUUGGGAAUUUCUGCUAGAUUUGCUUUUGUGACAAGAAACUUAGUCUACAGUUCAACCACAGCACGAUCAAUAACUGAGGGAUGCUGGUUUAUUUCCUGGUAUUGCUACAGAGUGAGCUUAACCAGAUCAGUUAAAUCCAGACCUGAAGAUGUUUAGACUUUUGUUGCUGUUUAUUGCUGAGCCUAAGUGACUUAGGCCUCUAACUUGAGGCAUUGUAGAAUAGCCCUUUUCUAGACAGAAUCCUAUGCAAGUUGUUGCAUCUCUGGUACACCAUGUUGCAGCUGAACUCUACUAACCCGCAAUGAAGCUGGAAUUGUUAUUUUGACAUAUUUGUAAUUGCAUCUUUCAAUGGUGCUUCAGAAUUGUAGGUAGCUGACUUGGACUUUUCUUUAUUCUUCUGGCUUUGGAAUACCAACACUAUGGAAUCUUCACUCUUACAUGCAAAUUCAUGCUCUACUUUGCUGUUCUCACUCCGUACUUUAGGGACGUACUUUUUCCCAGGGUAUCAGAAGACUGUACUGCCAUCACCUUUGAAUUGCAUGAUGUGACAGCUGAUAUUUCAAUUGCGUGAAGGACCACCUUGCAGCCUAGGACAAGAAACGUAUGCUUUGGAUCUCACAGCAGAUGGAGCAGUGAGUCAGCCUGAAGCUGUUGCAAGGCCAAAGCAAAGAAUACAUUUGUGUGUAGAGGAGUUAAAGAAACAGUAUCUGUUGAAACUCUGGAGGAAACUGUCUCUUGCUUUAUAGGGAACUGGAUUGCAGUCCCAGCUGAGAAGUGCAUGAGCAGCAUUAUGGCAUGCCCUAUGCACACAAACAAUAUUGGAUGGGAUUAAUACAAAUAUCCAGAGAAAAUUUAUAAUCUUAGAACUUUGUGGAGGUGGUAGGACAUUUAGAUGCUGAUGGAAUAAUGUCCUUCAUGGCUGAGUGUGAAAUGAGCUGCCAUAUGUGGAAGCAGUGUCUGGAAACGUUUGCAAUGUGAUGAUGCCUUUUUAAAUUAUUUUUUGUUGUCCUUUCCCCAUUAAGACAAUAUGUUUUGCCUGCAGUGUAGUGCUGUAACGAGCUAAAAUACAGGUUCCCUAAUUUUA